AGCAGUUGGUGGUUAUUGUUCUGGACCAUUUGAAACCGCGGAGACUUGCGUUGUGAUCGGAUUUAUGAUCCGAGCCGGGGAACUGAGUCUUCAGUCCAGUGCGCGGUGAAGCGUUAGAGGGUCUGCUGCCCGUUUCCAGCCCUUUCCGACGAUAUGAUGCCUUGGGUGAAGAAUCUGCAAGCGGUCGUGAAGACCGUUGGAACGAAACUCGUUCCUUUUUUCAAGACUGUGGCCAUUUACUUCGUUGUUUUCAUUCCUGAUAACCAGCCCAGUUGGUAUGCAACUGUUCUCAAAUGCUUACCGAUUGUUUCGCUGAUGUUCUUCGUCUUCUGGCACAUGAAAAGCAUUGGACAAAGAUGGACUUAUUCCAGUUUAAUUCUUGCUGGACAGUUUGCCUCCUGCAUUGGAGAUGCAUGUCUUGUGUACGACGAAUCGUAUCUGUCAGGCAUAGCAUCGUUCGCUGUUGCCCAAGUCUGCUACAUCAGCGCAUUUAAAAUUCGACCAUUCGCGCCUCUCCUCAUGUUAUUGAUGUCUGCCGUGCACUUGACUACAUUUUAUUUCAUGUGGCCCGCGUUGCACGGAGCCCUGGUAAUUGCGAUGCCGGUUUACGGUAUUUUGGUCACCACGAUGGCGUACCGGGCUAUUGAUGAAUUCUUGACGCAUCCACCAAGGUGGAGUCUGACGAUCGAAUUUGUGUUUCAGAAUGACUGGGAUGGUGGAAAACUUUGUGCUGCCAUUGGAGGUGCAUUGUUCGUUCUUUCCGAUGCCAUCAUUGGACUGAACGCCUUCUAUUCGCCCAUUCCAUACCACCAGGUUAGUUUCUUUUGGGUCUUGGGGCACAUUGUAGCAAGAUGUUAUUUGCAGCAAACUUUGAUUUGUGUUUCCCCGUAUCAAGGAAAUGUUCUCAUCAUGCUGACCUACUAUGCAGCCCAACUGGGGAUAGCCCUGAGUGUCAUCGAUUCCAUGGAAAUCUGUGAACCGGAAGCUUCCAUUCGUACCAAAAAAGAUUCGCGUCGUGAGUGUCGCUAUUUCACAAUGAACAUGUCUGUGGCAUCGUUAUGGAUCGGAGACCUGACGGAAUACAUGGACGAAAAUUUCCUGUCGCAAGCAUGUUCUGCGAUGGGUGAGUAUUCCGUGCGUGGUGUGAAGGUGAUCCGCCAAAAAUUCACCGGAAAAAGCAUGGGAUACGGCUUUUUACAAUUCAAUGACGAAAGUGGCGCAAUGGAAACAUUGGCAAGAUUGCAAGGAAAGGUUAUUCCGAAUACUAAUCCGCCCGUGAGGUUUAAACUGAACCAUGGGGUCUACAAGAAAACCGCUGAAAAAGAAUUCUCACUCUGGGUUGGAGACAUUGACAAGGAAGUUGGUGAAGACGAACUGUUCCGUGCUUUCGUUGCGAGAUACACAUCAAUUCGAACAGCUCGUAUUCUCAGGUUGGUUACGGGUCAAAGCAAAGGCUACGGAUUCGUCAGGUUUUCAAGCGAAGAUGAGUACAAAGAUGCCCUGGUUCAGAUGAAUGGUUAUCGAGGGCUUGGAUCUCGACCGAUAAAGGUGUCCCCCGCUAUUCCGAGGAAAGAUGCUGACGGAAACGAGACGACGUUGCCGCCGACGUACGGAUCUGCACAAACACAUACCCCUGCAACGAGUUCAUCCACACCAGCUACGGAUUAUAGCUACUAUUAUGAUACGUCUAGCAUGUGGAGUAACGCCACCGGAUGGGAAAAUUACGACGCUAUGUCAGAGGCGUAUUACGGUACCGCUGGCGUCGGGACUGCAGAGCAUUACCAGGCACAUAGUACAGUCGAUCCUCAGGCAGCAGUUGUCGCCAACGGAACCGUGGCUGAUGAAGAUGACGAAUAUGCUUUGAUC